GGAGUUUUAUUUAACCUAUUUUUUUUUAUAAAUAUGAAAAUAUUCAGAAUAUUUCGAAGUUUUCAAAGUAAAUCAAAUUUUAAGAGAUAUUUGAAUAGUUUUACACAUGCUAAAAUAAAUAGAGCCUUUCAUAAACAAGCAAGCAUUGUUAAACAAUAUACUUUUAGGCAAUACUCUACAGAAAAUGAUGAAUCUGAAGACUAUCCUUUUUUGGAAGCCGAAACUUUGGAUCAGAUUGAUUGUACCAAAUACAUUUUAUUUAAAGACAGUGAAGACGCAAUUAUAAGAGAUUUAAAUGAGUGUAGGAGCUUGAAAGAUGUAUGGAAUGUAUUCAAUAACUACAAAACUGACUUCAAAGAAAAGCAUGUAGCACAAACAAUCUUUGUUUUAAAAGAUUUGCAAAAUUUAUAUUGUAGGGUAAACUGUUCUGUUGAUAGCGCAUUUUUAAAUUACCUUAACGAAAUGAAACAGUCAGAAGACUUUUCUAAUUUAAUGAAUAUGAUUUCAGAAAAGUUGUGUAAUUUUAAUGCAGAAGUACUGAGUUACAUAUUUUUGUACUUACAUAAAUUAGGCAUUCAUAUCGAAGAUUUUCCAAUGGUACAAAUAGCUGAAAAGAUAAAAAGGGAUCUAAUUGAAGAAUUUAAUAUAUCAAACUGCAGCAAGUGGAUUAAAGUUAUAUUUUUAGAAAAUGGAAGUAGACCAUAUUAUAUGUCACUGGAAUUGAUGCCUAAAAUAUUUAAUGCAAUAGAUGAAUGCGAUUCAGUGGAACAACUGGCAGAUAUUUCUACAUGUUUGACUAAAUUGCAAAACAUUGUUACUCCUCAAAUAGUUUCAAAGUACAUAGAUAAAGUGCAGAACUUCAUAGAACAUAAAAAACUAACCAGUAUGGAUCACAAUGCUGUUCUAAAGGUUAUUACAUUUUUAAGCUGUCCAGGCUGGCGAAAUCAGAAUACUGUUUUGUUGUCUAAGUGUAUGCUGCUAUUGAAGAAUCAAAUUAAUAGGUUAGAUGCUACAAGACUUCUGGUUCUUUAUGAGGUAUUUUUCAAAACCCAAGAGCCUGGCGAUUUGCUUAAUGAAAUUCAAAGAUGUGCAGCGAAAUACUGGCAGCAACAUGAAGAAAGCAAUAACUUAGAUAACAAUACUGCACUUAAACUAUUUUCUUCUCUAAUAUAUUUUAAUUCUCCAUUACACCGAAUACAUGUUCGUAAAGACAUCGAAAAGUUGUUAAAAGACCAAAUGUCACCGAGUAAUUUAAGUUUGCUGCGAAAGAUAUUUUCUUAUGUUAAGAUUUCUGAUAACUCUUUAUGUCAUGACUACUGGCAGAUGUGGAGUAAUAUUCUAAAUGAAGAUUCUAGUAUGUAUUUAUUAGUAAUGGCUUGCCAGAAUUACAUGCAGUUCAACACAGAUAUAGAUAAUUAUAGAAAUAAUAAUUUCGAGAAGAAAGUUUUAUUUUUAAUUAGAGAUUUAGUCAGAAGUGAGGAACUGUUAUUUCCUCAGGAUCUCACAGUAUUAUUGACAUUUGUUAUGUUAUAUGGUAGGGAUAAAAUGUUAUUAGAAAUAUUACUAGGAAAACUCAAAGAUAACCCAAGACAACUAAAAGGCGCAGACUUAUUCACACUGUCUAAAUUUAUUAAAAGAGAUAAUCUUUGUCUUUCCGAGAGGCAGUAUAAAGAUAUCCAAAGCGUUUUUAGAGAAACUUCUGAGCAUUUAUUAAACGAAAAUGAUUUUGAAACAAAAGUUCUGUUAGUGAAAUCUGCAAUUUUAAGGAAUGAAUAUGACAAUUAUCAAAUGGAUACGUUAAUAACCGAGUUUAAAGAGAUGAACUAUAUGUCUUCUAAGUUUCUAGAGCACAUUCAUUUUAUAUUUAUGACUACCAGUACCCUCGUUCCUGAAGUUUUUAAUAAAAUGACGGAGUACAUUAUCAAUAAUAAAAAUAAUAUUGUUGGAUUUAAUGCUGAGAAAUUGUUGUUCCUGUGUUUCCAUUUAGCAUAUCUUCCCAUUAAUGCGGACAAAUUCUUUCAAACGGUGACUGACAUUAUUAUAAGGGACCAGGAGAGAUUGAGUGGAUUGGCAUUUCUACAAAGUGCGUUAUCACUCAGUUUUUUCAACAAACUACCCAGUUUUCUAGUCAAACAAAUAUUUAAUGUGGAAUUUAUGGACAGAUUAGAUAAUGAAUUAGCGAAUUGUUAUUCGAAGGAAAAAUAUCCCCAAAGAGUUCGACAAACACUAAUGUACCUGAACCGAUCCGUCUGUCUAGAAUAUCCGGAAUUUAACGUGCCAUGGUUCCAUGAGAAAUACCUUAAAGAUAUUCGGAAAACAUAUAAUAAUGAAAUGGAAUAUACAUAUAGCAAAUCGAUCAAGGAAUAUUUGGUGGAGAUAGCAGAAAAUCAUAUACUAGAAAGCAUUACCACUCCGUAUGGAUAUUAUAUUGAUUUUGUCAUAAGUUUAAAUAAAGAAGACUGUGUAGUGUCUCCUAGUUCGAAGUCGAUUAGUAAAAGAGUUGCUCUACUUUUGGUGCACCAGUACGCCUUUACAAGAUUCUACAGCCAUUUAAGAGGAACGUACCAAAUGAAGAUUAGACAUCUGGAAAUUAUGGGCUAUAGCGUCUCUAUAAUGAAAAUAGACGAAUGGACAAAUUUAUUGUAUGCCAGUGAGAGGAUAGAAUAUUUGAAGAAGCUGAUAUGGCCUGACAAUUGGAAUACUAUUCAAUGUUUGCCUAAAAGAUGAAGCUGCAAUUAAAUGUGUGAUAAGAUAAGAAUAUUAAAGUGUAUUUUCUAUUUUUAUGACAAAAAAGUUAGUAAAAAAGAAUGAAAACCAAUGUUUAGUCAAUAAAGCCAUCAUACCU